AUGCCCUCUGCAACUGCGGGUAUUGCUCCCGAAAAAGCCUCUGCCAUUCUUUCCCAGUUCUCUCGUCGAAGAAGAGCUGCUGCGAUUGCAGUCCCCACAGAUGAUGGUCGAGUUCGUGCUAGACUACGCGAGCUUGGACAACCCAUAACCCUCUUCGCUGAAGAUGCCACUGACCGACGAGAUCGAUUGCGUGAGCUCUUAACCGACCUUGAAGAGCGGAAGGAGGCAGCUGGAGCUGCUGGCGGUGAAGAAGGGGAGGAUGAACUUAUGAAAGAGGGUGAGGAGGAGGAGGAGGAGGAGGAAGGAGAAGGCGAGGAGGAAUUCUAUACUGAGGGUGGCCCGGAAUUGCUGGAGGCGCGAAAAAAAAUAGCUAGAUUUUCGCUGCCACGGGCAAAAGCCAGGAUUGAGCGGCAGAAAGAGGAAUCAACCAUCCCCCUACGGACACAUAUAAAGCAUCGCAAGGCGAUUAAAGAGAAAUUGCAAAGUUUCGACCUAUACGGAUCCCAAAUUGCCGGCGAGCGGCCAGUGAGCAUCGUCCGUUUUGCUCCCAAUGGUCAAACUCUAGCUGCAGGAAACUGGGGCGGGGGGAUUAAACUUCUCAAUGUACCAAGUUUGGAUGAGAAAACCACGCUACGAGGCCAUUCCGACCGUGUUGGAGGUAUUUCUUGGUUUCCAGGCGCUACAAAGCCCGAAUCGAAUGUAUCUGAGUCGUCCAUCAACCUUGCAUCUGGUGGCGGCGAAGGGAACGUCAAUCUUUGGUCUCUCACACAGGAUACACCAGUAACGACACUGUCGGGUCACUCCGGACGCGUCUGCCGUGUCGAAUUCCACCCCUCAGGAGACUACUUGGCGUCCGCUUCCUACGACACUACAUGGCGACUGUGGGAUGUUACAACGAGCACAGAGCUCCUUUUGCAGGAGGGCCAUUCUCGAGAAGUAUAUUCAUUAGCGUUUAAUCCGGAUGGCUCCCUUCUUGCCAGUGGCGGUCUCGAUAGCUAUGGACGUAUCUGGGAUCUACGCACUGGUCGAACGGUCAUGAUUCUGGAGGGACAUAUACGAGAAAUAUACGGUUUGGACUGGGGUGUUGACGGAUAUCGCGUGCUCUCUGGAUCCGGCGAUGGCUGGGUUAAAUGCUGGGAUAUCAGACAAGUGCGAUGUAUCGGCGGGGUAGGAGCUCAUCGAGGUGUUGUCUCAGACCUCAGGUGGUACAAAGGAACUGAAACGUCGUCUUCAUAUCUCCCGUCCGUCCCGUUGCAAGACCAGAAUGGCGACGGAAUGACUAGUCCUUCCACGCCACCUGUGGACCAAUUAACCUCGUCGUCCCAAUCCUUGCAGCCAAAGAAGUCGGGCACUUUCUUCGUCUCCAGUGGCUUCGACAAGAAUGUCAAUGUCUUCAGUGCUGAUGACUGGGCACUCGUCAAGUCGCUGAGCGGUCAUGCUGGAAACGUUCUCAGUGCUGAUGUAAGCGAUGAUGUGAAAUGGAUUGCUAGCUGUGGUCACGACCGUACGGUGAAACUCUGGGGCAUCGAAGGAUGA